GCGACUGUGCACCCCGGGCCGUCGGAGCUGCCCUGCGCGGUCGCCGGCGGGGGACUGCCGGACCGCACAGGGGCCUGCUCUCCCGCCGUCCACGAGGCAGUAGUUUGGAGGUUUCAGCUGAGUGAGAGCACGUCUUGAGGCUGGUGGCAGACGUGAUGUUCUGUCGGUGGCUCUCAGCUGUUCGAAGACAAAGAACCCACCCAGCAUGGCAAAAAUGGCCCUCAGCAAGAAGCGGCACGUCGGCUGCCCAGGCACACUCAGUCACCCUGCCUGCCCAGGCCCAGGUGGUCAUCUGUGGGGGUGGAAUCAUGGGGACAUCAGUGGCCUAUCACCUCUCCAAGAUGGGGUGGAAGGAUAUCAUCCUUCUGGAGCAGGGCAGGCUGGCUGCAGGCUCCACACGGUUCUGUGCUGGCAUCCUGAGUACUGCCAGGCACCUGACCAUUGAACAGAAGAUGGCGGACUAUUCCAACAAACUCUACCAACAGUUAGAACAAGAAACAGGGAUCCGGACAGGUUAUGUGAGGACAGGCUCAAUCUCUUUGGCCCAAACCCAGGACCGGCUGAUCUCCCUGAAGCGCAUCAAUUCAAGGCUGAAUGUCAUAGGCAUCCCUUCGGAGAUCAUCUCCCCUAAGACCGUGGCGGAGCUGCACCCUCUGCUCAACGUGCACGACCUGGUGGGCGCCCUGCACGUGCCUGAGGACGCGGUGCUGUCCUCUGCGGAUGUGGCUUUGGCCCUGGCAAGUGCCGCCUCCCAGAACGGUGUUCAGAUUUAUGAUCGGACAAGUGUUCUUCACGUUAUGGUCAAAAAAGGUCAAGUUACUGGUGUGGAAACGGAUAAAGGACAGAUCGAAUGCCAGUAUUUUGUCAACUGUGCUGGUCAGUGGGCCUACGAGCUGGGUCUGUCCAACGAGGAGCCGGUUAGCAUUCCGUUACACGCCUGCGAACACUUCUACCUACUGACGCGCCCCUGGGAGAGCCCUCUGCCAAGCAGCACGCCAACUGUUGUGGAUGCUGAUGGAAGAAUUUACAUUCGGAACUGGCAGGGUGGCAUCUUGUCUGGAGGCUUUGAGAAGAACCCCAAGCCGAUCUUCACUGAGGGCAAGAACCAGCUGGAGAUCCAGAACCUACAGGAAGACUGGGAUCACUUUGAGCCGCUGCUGAGUUCCCUCCUACGCAGGAUGCCCCGUCUGGAGACUCUGGAAAUCAUGAAGUUGGUGAACUGCCCUGAAACCUUCACCCCAGACAUGAGGUGCAUCAUGGGCGAGUCCCCAGUAGUGCAGGGCUACUUUGUCCUGGCAGGAAUGAACUCGGCUGGCCUCUCAUUCGGUGGAGGAGCUGGCAGGUAUCUUGCUGAAUGGAUGGUACAUGGUUAUCCCUCAGAAAAUGUCUGGGAAUUGGACUUGAAACGUUUUGGCGCUCUCCAGAGUAGCCGGACUUUUUUGCGCCACCGGGUCAUGGAAGUCAUGCCUCUGAUAUAUGAUCUCAAGGUCCCCCGCUGGGACUUCCAGACUGGGAGGCAGCUACGGACUUCUCCUCUCUAUGACCGGCUGGAUGCGCAGGGAGCCCGGUGGAUGGAGAAACACGGGUUUGAGAGGCCAAAAUACUUUGUUCCACCUGACAAGGACCUGCUUGCCUUGGAGCAGAGCAAGACGUUCUAUAAGCCAGACUGGUUUGACAUCGUGGAGUCUGAAGUCAAGUGUUGUAAGGAAGCUGUGUGUGUAAUUGACAUGUCAUCUUUCACCAAGUUUGAAAUAACAACCACCGGGGAUCAGGGAUUUGAAGUCCUGCAGUACCUCUUCUCCAAUGACCUGGACGUGCCGGUGGGCCACAUUGUGCACACUGGCAUGCUCAAUGAGGGUGGUGGCUAUGAAAAUGACUGCAGUAUCGCCCGCCUCACCAAACGCAGUUUCUUCAUGAUCUCUCCAACCGACCAGCAGGUCCACUGUUGGGCCUGGCUGAAGAAGCUCCUGCCCAAGGACAACAGCCUGAGUGUGGAGGACGUCACCUGGAAGUACACUGCCCUCAAUCUGAUCGGCCCUCGAGCUGUGGAUGUGCUGUCUGAGUUGUCCUAUGCCCCCAUGUCUCCAGACCACUUCCCAAGUCUCUUUUGCAAGGAGAUGAGCGUGGGCUACGCGAACGGGAUCCGGGUGAUGAGCAUGACGCACACAGGGGAGCCGGGCUUCAUGCUCUACAUCCCCAUAGAGUAUGCUCUGCAUGUAUACAAUGAAGUGAUGAGUGUUGGACAGAAGUAUGGGAUCCGGAAUGCUGGGUAUUAUGCUCUUCGCAGUCUCCGAAUUGAGAAGUUUUUUGCCUUUUGGGGUCAGGAUUUAAACACCCUCACCACACCUCUGGAAUGUGGACGUGAGUCCCGGGUGAAAUUAGAGAAGGGCAUGGAUUUCAUCGGCCGGGACGCUCUGCUGCAGCAGAAGCAGAACGGCGUGUACAAGCGCUUCACUAUGUUCAUCCUGGAUGAUCACGACACGGAUCUGGACCUGUGGCCUUGGUGGGGAGAGCCCAUUUAUCGGAACGGGCAGUAUGUGGGCCAGACCACCAGCAGUGCCUACAGCUACACCUUGGAGCGCCACGUCUGCCUGGGCUUUGUGCAUAAUUAUUCAGAGGACACUGGGGAGGAGCAGGUGGUGACGAGUGAUUUCAUCAACCGGGGAGAAUAUGAGAUCGACAUUGCAGGACACCGGUUCCAGGCCAAGGCCAAGCUCUACCCUGUGACCUCCCUCUUCACACACAAGCGGCGGAAGGAUGAUGUAGAGCUGAGUGACUUGCAUGGGAAGUAACACAGAAGGGUGGCCUCACCUCCCAGGGGAGUAUCACCCACCCCGCUUCACAUGCCCUUGGCUUCCCAACCUCAGCAUCAUUUUCAGCCUGACCUUUGAACCUUUUUGCUUUGCAUCUUCUUCACCCUGCCGCCUUAUCACUAUCAGGGCUCUUCCUUCUGCCCAUCUGCACGUGCAGGUGCCCGUGGAGGCAGGAGUCGGUCAGGAAGGCAGGCAGGACCGGGACAAGCUCCAGCUGUGGAAGUGGGUAAAGGCGACAAAAACCAAGCUGGUAUCACACAGGCCUCAUCCUGUGUUGCUUGGGCUAACUCCAGGUGGGCUGCAGUGUGUGCUGUAGCCUCAGGGAGCAGCUGUGCCUUCUAGCCAGGUGGACUGUCCCUGUCCCAUUGUGCUAUGGCCAGCACUUGAAACCUCGAGUCAGAGGACCAUCAUCUACCUCACUGAGGGAGAGCGGAGGGCAGCGCAGGGAUGCUGUCUGGUUUGCAGCAAAGCUAGCUGUCCACCUGGCCCCGUCUUCUCUCCAGGACAGUGAGCUGGGCCUUGGGCAAGGGCAGUCUGCCUGCAGUUUGUCUCAUUAAUCUCUGUAAUAAAAACUUGCUUUUUGUUUCUUA